GAUAAGUAAAAAGUGGAGCUCCUCGGACGCACGACAACACAAAACCAACUGAAGUGGAAAGUGAGCUCCUGUUCUGCUCCUUAUUCCCAUUUUUCGGACGCUGCGUAAAAGGACGCUGCUACAGAAUCUGAAAGGAAGAAGAAGAUAGGAAGACAGUCUCGCCUUUUUAAGUUUGCCUAAGGUUAUUUUUUCCAACUUUGUAGUGUUCAGACUAUACUGCAGAAUCUAAAAGGAAGAAGAAGAAGUCAGAGUUAUUUUUUCCAACUUUUGCAGUGUUUUAUAGCUUGGAAAAAGGUGGAAAGCAAGUUUGUUUUGUCAUCUCGAAGACUAAUUUGAUUUUAUACUACAGCAUCUAAAAGGAAGAGUCAGACUUAAGAAGACAGUCUCGACUUUUUAAGUUUGCCUAAGGUUAUUUUUUCCAACUUUUGUAGUGUUUUAUAGCUUGGAAAAGGUGGAAAGCAAGCAUUUCUUGUUUGUCAUCUCGAAAAUUUUGAUCUAAAUGACUGCAGAGGUCCAGCAGCCCCCAGCAGCAGCUCAGCAGACUCCUGGCCAGAGCAGCCCCAUGUCUGCUCCGGAGAAGACGCACCAGACAGCAGCGGUGGUGAUGGAAACCACUUCCUCUUCUUCCACUACCAAAACCAAGAAGACAAACGCAGGAAUCCGCAGACCAGAAAAGCCUCCUUAUUCCUACAUCGCCUUAAUAGUCAUGGCUAUCCAGAGCUCUCCAACUAAACGCCUGACUCUCAGUGAGAUCUACCAGUUCCUGCAGAGCCGCUUCCCAUUUUUCCGCGGCUCGUACCAGGGAUGGAAGAACUCCGUGCGUCACAACUUGUCUCUGAACGAGUGCUUCAUCAAGCUGCCCAAAGGGCUUGGACGACCAGGAAAAGGCCACUACUGGACUAUCGACCCGGCUAGUGAGUUCAUGUUCGAGGAGGGCUCCUUCAGGAGGAGACCCAGAGGCUUCAGGAGAAAGUGUCAAGCUCUGAAGCCCAUGUACAGCAUGAUGAACGGCCUGGGCUUCAACCACAUCCCGGAGUCCUACAACUUCCAAGGUGGUGGAGGUGGAGGACUCUCUUGCGCGUCCAAUAGUUUGUCUCUGGACAGCGGGUUGGGCAUGAUGAAUGGACACUUGGCUGGGAACAUGGAUGGCAUGGGUCUGUCCGGACACACCAUGGCACACCUGUCGAGCAACGGUGGACACUCCUACAUGGGAGGUUGUACAGGAGCAUCCACCGGGAGUGAUUACGCAGCGCAUCACCAUGACAACUCCGCCGGCUCUCCUCUGCUCACCAGCGGAGGAGUGAUGGAGCCGCACCCGGUCUACUCGAGCUCUGCCUCGGCCUGGGCUCCGGCUCCGUCGGCCUCUCUCAACAACGGAGCGUCCUACAUCAAGCAGCAGCCUCUGUCUCCAUGUAACCCAGGAGCCAACUCUCUGCAGCCCAGCCUGCCUACACACUCACUAGACCAGUCCUACCUGCACCAGAACGGACACUCUACUACAGAUCUACAAGGUAUUCCUCGGUACCAUUCCCAGUCUCCCAGCAUGUGUGACCGAAAGGAGUUCGUCUUCUCGUUCAACGCCAUGACGUCCUCAGCGAUGCACUCUCCGAGCACCAGCUCGUACUACCACCACCAGCAGGUCUCCUACCAGGACAUCAAGCCGUGCGUCAUGUGAGGAUGCACGGACAACCUGCAGAGCAGCGGACGGUGUCUCAGCCUGGAGCCUGGAGCCAUGCAGCAGCAGCAGGACGAGCUGAAACAAGAAGUAAAUAACCACUGAGAGACAUGAAGGCAUGGCAAGGCCCAUGGAGCAGACCGGACUACUUUUCUGUACUGUUUCACACAGCGACAAAGAUACGGAGACAGGCCAAUCACAAACCACAUAAUAAUAAUAUAUAAUAAUAAAACUAUUUCAUGCCAUCACCAUCGACCAGCAGACUGGCUGUAUGAAACCCUGCUGCUGUUUGGUACUAAGUCCUGCAGAGCGGAUGACUACCACUUCACACUUUGUUCAUGUUUAUUCUUCUUUGUUAAAGUAGGCCAUUAAUGUAAAAAUGCACAUUUUCUCCAUCUGACUUUUCUUUUCUUUGACAAAUUAGACUGAGGCUCUUUUUCUUUUUUUUGGACUUUCAACGUUGAAUUUUUAAAUGAACAAUUAUGGACGUCACAUAAAAACAUGUCCUGUGUAAAAAAAACAAAAAACGAUGAAGGCACUUUUUUGAAUAGCCUAAGCGCAUCUUCUUAUUUAUUCUGUAGGCCUAUACAUAUUUUAAUUUUCAGGCGAAUUGGCCAAAGGAGGUAUAUUCUUUAUUGGCAAUAUUUGUCAGAUCGCUUGUUAUUUGUUUUAAAAUGAAAAUUGAGGAUAUAUUGUAAGCACUGUUAUGUCGUUUUUGUGUUAGAUAUAUGUAGACCAUUACUUUCAGCACUGUAUAUAACGUUAGGAAAAUUAGCAAGGGUCCAUCAAUGAGGGCUAAUCUUAUUACAACAAAUCAUUUGUAAGAAAUAAAAUAUAUCUGUUGGGCUGUGUAAGCCUAAAUCCACCAAAAAAAA